AUUCGAAAAUGAAGAUCUGUGACGUUAACUCUUUUGAAUCCAAGAUUUUCAUAUCUUCGUGGUCAUUUUACCUUGAGAUAACCUAAUGAGCUACUGUGAAACAAAUGCCUCAUCGAUUUACGUGAAGAUGUGCACCAUUCAGAUAAUCUUAAAGCGCUAAGCGGGAAAGGAUGAACUUGCAACUUUUGCUAUACAAUGCUGCUCAUUGACGAUUUGAACGAAACCCUUUGAUAGGAACUAUCGGCGGCAUCUGCUUGUUAGCUACUGCGACAAGCCAUGUGACUUUUUAGAGAGAAUUUGAUACAAAUGGUGCAACAGGGUAUUUUUACGUAUCAUUGUUGUUACGUAAGAGUUUAGAUGUCGUUUUAAAGUAGGAAGUCAUUUACGAAGAGUGGGAAGAUAGUUGGCAUUCACAAGCUUUAAUUAUCAGUAUUACCUUUCUAUGACUGUGUUCUUAUACUAUGGUAGCUAAUUCCAAACGCAAUGUGCUUGUUAACAGAAGAAGGAACUAUGUCCGUCGGAUGGAACUGAGAAGUGACUGUCGUGUUAGGUAAUGAUGCACAGAGUGAAAAAUGAUGUCCUGCGCUGUUACCUGUUCUAAGCGUUCGUGUGAAAUACAUAUCCAAACAGUAUCAGAUUUAUAUCGUUGAACUUGCAGUGGCUUGAUCAUCGAAGUGAUUCUACCUGUUUAGACGGGUAGAGGCAACGAAGAUUUAGAUGUGGUAGGCAGCUGUAGGGAUGGAUAAGUUGAUGUGGAUGACGACGCCAGCGACGUCGACCACCGGGGCGACAGAGGAAGGGCCUCCGGAGACGUGGCAGCCGAACGUGACGGCGGCCUCUGACGGCAGACAGCCGGAGGGCGGCGGCGGCGGCGGCUGGCAGCUGGUGCUGGCCAUCGCGCUCAAGUCGUCCGCCAUGGGCUUCAUCAUCGUGGCGGCGCUGUUCGGCAACCUGCUGGUGAUCGUGAGCGUGAUGCGCCACCGCAAGCUGCGCGUGCUCACCAACUACUUCGUGGUGUCGCUGGCGCUGGCCGACAUGCUGGUGGCGCUGUGCGCCAUGUGCUUCAACGCGAGCGUCGAGCUGACGGCCGGCACCUGGCUCUUCGGCUACUUCAUGUGCGACGUGUGGAACUCGCUGGACGUGUACUUCUCGACGGCGUCCAUCCUGCACCUGUGCUGCAUCAGCGUGGACCGCUACUACGCCAUCGUGCGGCCGCUCGACUACCCGCGCAUCAUGACGCCGGCGCGGCUCGCCGCCAUGCUGGCCGUCGUGUGGUGCUCGCCGGCGCUCGUCUCGUUCGUGCCCAUCUUCCUGGGCUGGUACACCACCGACGAGCACCUCGAGUUCCGCCGCCGGCACCCGGACCGCUGCGCCUUCACCGUCAACAAGGCGUACGCCGUCGUCUCGAGCAGCGUCAGUUUCUGGGUGCCCGGCGUCAUCAUGAUCUUCAUGUACUACCGCAUCUACGUCGAGGCCGACCGCCAGGAGCGCAUGCUCUACAGGACGAAGGUGGCGGCGGCGCUGCUGAACAAGCACCUGCAGAUCAACGGCAUCGGCGGCGGCAUCAGCACGCUCAACGGCGACGCGGCCGAGGCCUCGGCGGGGGCGGCGGCGGCGGCGGGCCCGGGGGCGGCUGCUGCGGCGCUGCCGCCGCCGUCGCCGGCCGCCACGGUCGAGCCGCUCGCCUCCAGCAAGAUGCGGCGAGAGCGCAAGGCGGCGCGCACGCUCGGCAUCAUCAUGUCCGCCUUUCUCGCCUGCUGGCUGCCCUUCUUCCUCUGGUACAUCAUCACGACGCUGUGCGGCGAGGAGCGGUGCUACUGCCCCCCCGUGGUGGUGGCGGCCGUCUUCUGGGUCGGCUACUUCAACUCGGCGCUGAACCCGCUCAUCUACGCCUACUUCAACCGCGACUUCCGCGCCGCCUUCAAGCUGACGCUGCAGGCGUGCUGCAUGUGGCUGCUGCUGGGCCACGGCCACCUCGCCUGUCUGCGCUCGCGGGGGAGGACCCGGGGGCGGCGCGCCCACGCCGCCCCCGGCAACGGCGCCACCGCCGGCGACAGCAACGGCUCCUCCGACGGCCUGCCCAACCACCAGCAGCUGCGCGGCGCCGCCACCACCGAAGUCAGCAUCAACAACGUCCAGUCGGAGGACGUCAUCUGA